ACAAGACUAUACACUUGCACUUCUCUCUGUGUCUUUGUUUAGUUUCUGUCUCACAUUUUUCUCAAGAAGUAGAGAACAGAGAGGGAGGGAGAGGAGAGUGGAGAUAUGUGGGGGGUCUCACUUGUUUCACUCCCAAUCUCUCUUUCGAAUGGCCCUCUCCCAUUUUGUUCCAAACCAAAGGUGAAUCAUGGGUAGAGACAUGGAAUCUCAGUUAGCUCAUGUUUCAGUUGAAACUGGAACUGAACAGAAAAACCUUCCGAAGGAAAACAAAAAAAAGAAUCAUGGUGUAGGGGUUAAUGAGACUAUAAAAUUUCGCUCGCAUGGUUCUCAAGAAACAAAUAAGGAGGCGGGGAAAAAUGUUCCUGUGAGCAGCCUCCGGAAGGAUGCAGUUGACGACUGGCCUGCACCUAAGCAGAUACAUUCUUUCUAUAUUGUUAGAUAUCGAAGAUUUGAAGACCAAAAACUCAAGGCCAAAUUUGAUCUGGCAGAAAAAGAGCUACAGAAAAUGAACAAAGCAAGAUCUCAGGUUAUUGAAAAAUUGAAGGCCAUAAGGGCAGAACGAUCAAAAUUGAUAGAACAAAGGAAAUCUGUGAGUGCUGAGAAUCAGGAGUUUUGGGCAGUAAUUGGUGAGAAAAGAAAGGAAAUGGAACCUCUGCAGGAUGCCCUGGGCAAGCUCCGCGGUCCUAGGAAAGCCGGCAGAGAAGGGGGUUCUAGUCUGUGUUCAUCCGAGGAGGAGCUUGACGAUCUCAUUAAGAGUCUGCAGUACCGUAUUCAGCAUGAAAGCAUUACUCUGACUGAAGAGAAACAAAUUCUGCGAGAAAUUAAACGACUUGAAGGAACAAGGGGAGAGGUAAGAGACCAUAUGGCUAUGAGGGCACAAAUUCAAGAUUCGAUUGGUGAAAAAGAAACAAUACAAAAGCAGGUUAAGGCUAUAAGUGGUAACCUUGACGGGGUUCGUAAGGAGCAACAGGUUGUUAAGGCCAAGCUUAAGCAACUAGAUGAUCAACUCGAUGCCAAUACCAGUCAGAUUAAGUUAUUGGAUGAGGAAUUGAAGGAAAUAACAAAGAAGAGGGACACAGCUUUUGCACAUGUUCUGGAAUUAAGAAAACACCGUGAAGAAGGGAAUGCUCCUUUCUACCAAAACAAUGCACUGUUGCAAAAAGCAAAAUUGCUAGCAGAUAAGAAGGAUGUUGAAGCCCUUAAAGAACUCUCACUUACAGAGGUCGAUAAAUUCAUUUCCCUAUGGAGUGGCAGUAAGCCCUUUAGGGAUGAUUAUGAGAGGAGAAUUUUAACAUCACUUGAUAUUAGGCAGUUGAGCCAAGAUGGCAGGAUGAGGAACCCUGACGAAAAGCCUCUAGUAUUACCAGCGGCACAGACUGUUUCCCAAUCUGAGAUUGUUGAAAGAACUAAUACGAAACCAUUAAAGGAAGAAUCAGCGCCUCCUGCUCAGAAAGUACAGAAAGAGAAGAACAACAAGCAGCCAAAAGAAGCAAGUAGCAAAGUUACAGAAAGUACCACGAAAAAGUACAUCUUUGAUAUCGAAGAGGAAAUCCAUGGUUUAGAAAAGCAACCCAAGGAUAUGACUUCCAAGAAGGAAGUUGAUGAAGCGAAAUUGAGGGAGAUGAAGAGAGAGGAAGAAAUAGCAAAAAAUAAGAAGGCAAUGGAGAGGAAGAAGAAGUUGGCCGAGAAAGCAGCUGCCAAAGCAGCAAUAAAAGCUCAAAAAGAAGCUGAAAGGAAGCUCAAGGAACGUGAGAAGAAGGCGAAGAAGAAAACUGGAGCAUCUGUUCCUGCUGAAGAAUCUACUGAGGAACCAACUGAAGCAGCUGCGGAAGUUGCUGAGGAAGAGAAGGCGGAGGAAAAGGUUGAAACAUCGGUUGCACCUAAGGUUAAGGCACCGAAAGAGAAUACUAUCAGGAGCCGAUCAAAGCGUGCAAAAGGCAUGGAUAUUCCUAAAACUAUACUGAAGCGGAAAAAGGCGAUGAACUAUUGGCUAUGGGCUGCUCCUGCUGCUCUUGUAGUUCCACUACUACUAGUAGCAUACAAGUAUAUUCUCUAGAUUAUUAUGAAAGUCAAAAGUAGAGGGGGAGUAAAAGAGGUGGAAAACCUGGUAUUGCUUACAAUUUUGUAUUGGCAAGUUCUGUUUUUGUAAUCUUUAAGUCAUGCCUAUUUUUUGCAUCCUUGACUAAGGAUGGAGAAGUCAUAAUGUUGCGGUAGAUAAGGCCUUCUCAGAUACUUACAGAAAAGAGUAUUUUAUGCAUGUAUGAUUUUGGUUGGUGUAGUUUCAAGUUUUGACAUUUGCUUAAAGAUUUUAAUCUUGGCAUUUAAUUGUAAACAUUUAAGUUAUUUA